GAAGCUUCACAAUCCCCUUCAUUAUCAGAUGGAUUGGGUCAAGCGUCAGGCAAGACUUUGAUGGACCAUGUGAUUAUGUUUGGUUUGGACAUGUAUACUAAUGAUUGAGUUAUAUCUCGAUAGAUGUGCGCGUAAAAAAAGAUAUGGCCAUGAGUCGCCAACAGGAGGUGAAUCAAUCCGGCGGCAUCGAAACUUGCUUGAGGAGUUCAAGACCAAUCUGGAGCAAAUCCUUUUGAUGAUGAUGACGACCCACUUAUCUCCGUUCCUACCGACUUUGGCUUCGAAUUUAAGCGUGAAAGUGAAGAAGAAUGGAUUCUGUAUGGUGAUGACGUCUGGGACACUAUCUACCAGUACCAAAAUGCGAGUCUCAGAUACUUACGCCAGAAGACUGCCAUUAACGUGAACAUGGAAAGGAUACUAUCAUUGUCUUCCAUCAUUUUACUCAGGGAUCAAAGCACGA